AUGUCCACAGUGAAGCAACGCUACGACGCCGUUCGACCACGAGAACGUGUGAAUUUCGGUGGAUUUCAAUUUGUGAUCCCCUCCCCGAAUUUUCAAAUGCCUAAGUUUCAAUGCUGCAACGGUGCUCACGAAGGAGUCGCGGAGCCUGAACAUGAGACCGAUAGUUUUGAUCUCAGCGAAUGCGUCAAAGAGGUUCCAAAGCAUUGCCGGUGUCACGUCUUCUACACAUACAGCACCAAGGACAGCAAAUGUGACAAGUACGGCUUGCACGCCAUCCACAAGUCAAGCUUCUAUGGUUCCAAAAGUGAUACCAUCUGCGGCUUCCGU